AUGGUGAAAGUUAGAGGAAUCGGAACAGAAGUGCAGUGUCGGGCAAUUCUCGAUUCCGGCUCACAAGUUAAUUUUGUGACUGAACGAUUGGUUAAACGUCUUGGCAUCUCAACUAAAUCAUCAUCAAUCUCCAUUAGUGGCAUCGGGUCAAGGAGCACUAAGAUACAGCAUCGAGUCAAUGUGGCGCUACAGUCUCGGAUCAACAACUUUACAACGCGGCUAGAGGCAGCGGUAUUGCCUCAGAUUAUAUCCCCGCAGCCGUCGCAAGAAAUCAAGAUCGACGAAUGGAAAAUUCCUGAGAACAUCAUGUUAGCCGAUCCAUCAUUCAAUCGUCCCGACAAAAUUGAUAUAUUGUUGGGGGCGGAAUUCUACAACCAACUGAUGGCAGCAGGGCAAAUCAAACUGUCAGAUGACCUACCCAUUCUGCAAAAUACAGUGCUGGGAUGGAUCAUCGCGGGAAAAGUUGGUGGCAACUACAUCUCAAAUGCAAUAUGUGGAAUCUGUACCAACAAUGACAUCAACUUAGAUGCAGCCAUUGCUCGAUUAUGGGAACUUGAGGAUGUUGCAACUUUAAGAAAAUUACAUUCCGUAGCAGAAAAACAGUGCGAAGCUCAUUUCGCACAACAUACACUCAUCAAUGAAAAUGGGAGAUUCAUGGUAAGGCUACCAUUUCAUGAAAAUCCGGAGGCCUUAGGGGAAUCCGAUGGGAUGGCGUAUAAUCGAUUCCUGGCCUUAGAACGUCGACUGGCAAAAUCGCUCCAGACAAAGAAUCAAUAUGUACAAUUUAUGGAGGAAUAUGAGAACUUGGGGCACAUGAUGCAAGUGGAUAUUGAUUCCAUCAGUAAACCUAGGUACUUCAUUCCUCACCAUUGCAUUGUGAGACCCGAAAGCCGCACUACAAAAUUACGUGUGGUGUUCGACGCAUCAGCAAAAUCGUCCACUGGCAUGUCUUUGAAUGACCUCAUGUAUACCGGACCCACUGUUCAGAGCGAUCUUUUCACCAUUUUACUUCGCUUCCGUUUGCCCAGGUUCGUCUUCACCACAGAUGUAGAAAAAAUUUAUCGACAGAUGCUCAUUCAACCGGACGAACGCAAAUUCCAACUUAUCAUCUGGCGAAGGAAUUCAAGCCUACCAAUAAAGCAUUAUCAGCUAAAUACAAUCACAUAUGGGACAAGAUCUGCUCCAUAUUUAGCCACCAAAUGUUUGGAGAAAAUUGCAAAAGAAAAUGCAUUACAUUAUUCUCUUGGUGCUCAGUUUCUGCAGGACAAUUUUUAUGUAGAUGACGGAAUCGGUGGGUCAGACAGCUUAACCACGACGAUGGAAAUCCAACAGCAACUGAUACACAUCUUAAAACAACGUGGUCUUAACCUAAGAAAAUGGUGCACCAAUCACUCACAAUUACUGCAAAAUGUUAGCAGGGAGGUACAAGAAGUUGACGUAGACUUUGACAAUGACAUCAAUCAAACUAUUAAAACGUUGGGGUUAACAUGGAUGCCUAAGAUGGAUAGAUUCUGCGUAAAGGUAUGCCUAGGAAGCUGCAGUCUUGCAACUAAACGCUCAGUCAGCGCCGAACUUGCAAGGCUAUUCGAUCCGUUGGGGAUACUAGCACCAAUUGUAGUCAUGGCAAAAAUGUUUAUUCAAGAUCUCUGGCAACUGAAGCUGACAUGGGAUGAAGCAUUACCAGCCGAUUUGAAUGAGAGAUGGACAACAUUUCGAAAUGAUUUGCAAAAAUUGGACAACAUACAAGUUUCACGGCACGUGUUUGAAGGAUACAUCCCAGCAAAAAUUCAAAUUCAUGUCUUCUCCGACGCAUCAGAAAAGGCAUAUGGUGCUACGAUUUACAUUAGAUCCGAGCUGGAUGAGGGACGAGUACAAGUGAGGCUGCUCUGUGCAAAAUCUCGUGUGGCACCCUUGAAACGGCAAACUAUUCCUCGGCUUGAGCUCUGUGCAUCAGUACUGGGUGCUCAACUAACUACAAGGGUAAAAAUCAGACCUUAA